AUGCGCUGUGUCUUUCGCGACUGCUCCGAGCCCGUGCUGCCCGACUCGCACAAAUGUGCUUUCCACAAGAACCGCCGCCUCUGCUCGGUCAUUGGCUGCGAAAACCAAGUCUAUGCCCGCAAGCUCUGCGUCAAGCAUGGUGCUCGCAAGCGCUGCUCGUUCCCAAAAUGCCACGCCUUCACGCAGGGCUACGCCGCGUGUCCCGACCACCAUUUUUGGCCGCAAAAGUCAUCGCCCAAGACGCAGCAGCAGCAGCAGAACCAUGGGAGCCCGUACAGCUCGUCGUCCGACUCGAGCGCAAGGCCUCACCGCCAAGAAGGCAUGGACGCCUUCGUCCUCGCCUUCACACCGCAGUGGAUUGAGAGCUACGACCUUGCGUGGCUUGAAGCCGUUUAG